AUGAGCAACAGCGCAACCACCAACCCCUGGGCGAAGCCGCGACCUAGGCCCUUUACCGAACGCAUCCUUAAUUACCACCAGGAGAAGGAAAUCCAGCCCCUCCGCAUCGCCUUCUACACUGGCACAAAGGAUCCCCUCACCCACAUACAUUCUUUCCAGUCUGCCAUGGGAUGCAAAGGCUUAACGGACGAAGGCAUGUGCCUCAUCUUCCCAUCUACCCUCAGUGGUGCGGCCCUGAAUUGGUUCUACACGCUGAGCCCCCGCACCAUCAAUACGUUUGACAGUCUGAAGCAGGCCUUCCUGGACCAUUUCAUGAUCCAUAUUGAUCGCCUCUACUCUGCGGACGACCUGUACAUGCUUAGGCAAGGUGAGGAUAAGCCCCUUCGGGAGUAUGCAGCCAGGUUCAGCCACGAGUACUCCCGCUACCCAGAGACCGAUGAUCGUGCCGCCUUUGGUGCUUUCAAGAGUGGCCUCCGAGAGUCUAACUUUCGGUACCUUGUGCACAGCAACUCUUGGAACACGUAUGCUGAAUUAAUGAAGCAGGCAGCAGUGCAUGCCAAGGCUGAAUAUUUCAACUCCAAGCAUGGCCCGACCACCCCGGCACAUCAUCCUUUCACUGAUCCCCCACCUGCUUCAGCACCCACCUCAGCCCCGCCUCAACAUUCUACUCCCGCCCCAAGUACCCAGGGUACCCAGCACCCCAAGCGGAAGGAUAACUACCAGCAUACCUUCAACAAUAACAAACGGGGAAGACAUAACAACCACCACCAGUCCAGUGGGGUUAACCCGCACAGGGCAGGUGAUUGGGCUCCACUCCCCUUCUCACCCAAGCCUAGGUUCGAGGUCUUCACCACCCUAAACACCACCUAUGAAAAUUUCCUAGUGCACAAGGCACCUAUCAUACCCAAGCCUCCCCCCCGGAGACCAGGCAGCAAGCCCAUGCCCAACAUGGGUGUCUUCUGUCGCUUUCAUCAGUUCGGUGGACACGACACCGAAUCUUGUGUUGCCUUGCGCAACAUCAUUGAAGGACUUAUUCGCGAUGGGAAACUGGAUAAAUAUGUGCACAAUCUCCCACCCCCACCUAACCCUCACCAACGGCAGAUCAACAUGAUCUCAACUAUCAGUGGUGGUCCCACCCUGGCUGGAACCUCCAACAACUCCAUCAAACAUUAUGUCUGCUCCACCUAUGAGCACCAGGUCUUUAGCGCUGAGCAGGGACGCUUGCCGAAGACCCACAAAUCAGGCUGGGCUCCCAUUACCUUCUGUGAGGAGGAAGAGCGCGGUGUUAUCCUCUCCCACGAUGACCCAAUCAUUAUCCGCGCUGACAUUUCUAACUUUGAUGUGGGGCGUAUCCUGGUGGACACUGGCAGUUCAGUCAGUGUGAUGUUUGCUGAGGCCUUCAACGAGCUCCAGGUCCCAUCUCACCUGCUCGACCGAAGCAUCACACCCCUAGUGAGCUUCUCUGGUGAAGUGGUCCAGCCCAUUGGAAGCAUUCAUCUCCCAAUCUCUAUUGGAUCGGCACCCCAGCGGAGGACAAUCACCACUCCCUUCCUCAUUAUCGACUGCCCCACAGCCUACAAUGUCAUCAUCGGCCGCCCCGCCAUGGCCCAAAUGAAAGUCUUCAUCUCCACCCAUAUACUGCUGCUCAAGUUUCCUACGCCUCAUGGCACAGGCACGGUGCGCGGAGACCAACUUGGCGCCCGAAGCUGCUACGCUUCGGCAGUAAAGUCCACCAAACGCCAACAUCGGGGCGAGGCCCUCGCCGUAACCCAGGCUCCAGCACCGGUUCAAGCUGGCACCGAGCGUCCAGAGGACCCUAGGGAGGAAUCUGUCACCCCACAGGCCGAACCUGUGGAAGACCUUGAGCUGGUUACUCUUGAUGAAAACAUCCCGGACCGGCAGGUCAGGAUCGGCACCUCUCUCUCACAAGAGCUUCGUUCUGAUCUUGUCGCCUUCCUUCGCCUUAAUUCUGAGGUCUUCGCCUGGUCGUACAUGACAUGCCUGGCAUAUCACCUGAGAUCAUAUCCCACCGGCUAA